UGCACACAACAAUGAAGAACUAUUUCUUCUUACUAAUGCUUUAAAAGAAAAAGAGAAGAGAGAUUACAUUCAAGACAGCACCAGAGUUGGAAACUUGAGAGGAAGGGAUACAAUUAAUGGGUUUGCUUCUGUAAAGAAUUCUGCAAAGUCAAUGGAAGCUUUUCCUAGAAAAGCCAAUUUCGAAGAACCCUAAAACAAAUUUUGGAGAAAGAAAGCCUUGUUGUAGCCUUCCCGAUUUGAAAGCCAUUUUCUGAGGUGCUUAUACGGUUUUCAAUAUUUUGGCUAGGGGAAGAGAAUGUGAAUAUGGGUAUAAAUAAGUGAAAAGGGGAGGGAUUUUGGUAUGAAAUAGACCUAAGUCAAUUGAUAACAUUGCCAUAUGUGUAUAAGAAAAUGUUCAUUUUCUAUCAAAUAGUUUAAUAUCUUAAAUUACAAUGCUUAGUUUCAUGUGUGUUUCGGAAAUAUUAUUAUCCGAGUAAGUGUUCGUUUUUAAACUUUGAUUAUGGUUCUUGUAGGAAAUAAGAAAGUUUAUAAAGCAAAAAAAAGAACAAAAAAGUUUAUAAAGCUUGAGGUCUGCUAUUAUAUGAUAGUUUAAUGAUGCGAUCUAUGAAUCUUAGUGUGAAAAUAGUUAUGAGCAUUAGUUGGGCUUUAAAAACUUUGAUUUGAGAAAAUCACUGGACUGAUAGGUUAGUUUAAAAGUUGUCGUGUUUUGCUGUAAAGAAUAGAAAUUUUCUCAAAAAGUUGUCGUGUUUUGCUUUUGUGUUGACAAUAAAGAAUAUAAAUUUUCUCAAAAAAAAAAAGAAAACACAGAGAAUAGGAAACUAUCAAUAACUUAAAUAUAGAAACUUUAUUUAUCCAAGUUUCGUAUUAUUUUUUAGAUUUCCAAUUUCUAGUUUAUCGUCAUCUAUCAUAUAUAUAUGUAUGUUACGGUUAUAAAACAUUGUUAGCAUCUUACCUCUCUUUUGACAACCAGGUUCCACGACAAUGGCACUGAAGCUACCAUAUGAUUUGGAAGAGGAAAUUCUCGCCAGAGUUCCAUGGAAAUAUCUUGCAACGUUGAGAUGUGUAUGUAAGCUUUGGAAUAGUCUUAUUUUGGAGGAGAGACUCAACAAGAAGAACUUGUCGUUUCACAUGCAUAGCUAUAGCGGUGAACAUCGGUUUAUACUCACCGACCAUGGUGGUCCUAAGAUCUCUGCCGUGGGCAUUGAGAAGCAGCAAAACAACGUGGACGAUCCUCCGUCUUUGAUCGUCGAAGACUUUACCCUUAGAAAAGUCCGACGACGCGAGGCAAUUAAAUUGUACAGGGCUGUUCAUUGCGAUGGUCUGUUGUUGUGUGUCAUGGAAAACCAGCUUCUAGUUUGGAACCCCUUACUGAAGGAAACGACUUGGAUCAAAUGCGGUAGCGACUUUCACCAACGUGAUGAUGCCUACAGCCUUGGAUACCUCAGCCAUUGUGAUUUCAGGAUCUUAAGGUUUCGGUGUGCUAGUAAUUCGAGAAAUAGACCUUCAAGAGUCGAGGUCUGUGAAGUUGCAUCCAAGACAUGGAAGGUUAUAGAUAACAUCAGUUUUGAUUGGUUCCUUAGUGUGCCAUUGUCGAUCCUGUCUCUGAGAGGAACUCCUUAUUGUAUUGGUCUUCGAGAAGACCAUACAGCUUUCGUACAAAGCUAUGACUUUUACAAAGAGAGUUUUCAGCCCAUAGAUGACCUGCCAUUCAGCUAUGAUGAGAUGAAUCCUAUUGCACUAGAGAUUUAUAAAGGAGAUAGGCUUUCGGUGUUGGAGCAAUGUCACAAAACAAGGAAGAUAUGCAUAUGGGUGAAGCAUUGGCUCAUGCUUACUUCUUGGACCAAAUUAUUGGUCGUGGACAUACCAGAGUUUCCGCUGUUAUAUCCACGUCCCACCCUCCUUUCUACGAAUUAUUAUUUCGACAAAAACGAUAGACUCGUCAUAACUUAUAAGCACAUUGGCAUGAAGGGACUGUCUAUUAUCAGAGUCGUCAACGACAAGGAGUUCCAAGUAAUUAAAGCUAAUGGAUCGGAAAUUCGUUUCCCUUUUUUAUGCAGCUACGUUCCAAGCUUGGUUAGGCUUCCAGGGUUUUGGAAGCAAGACACCAGUCGGAUUCGUUGGAGAAAACGUAGAUUCAACUAGUUUAUGUUUAAGUAUAUAUAUUAUAUAAUAUAUAUUUGUUCUUUUUCGAAAGAGUGUUGAAUUUAUUCAAGCAAAAAAUACCUAUUAUAAUAAACUAGUGCAGUUUUAAUCUAGCACUUAGCACUAGAUGAUAAUCCGUACGCAUGCAUCUGAUGAAUUUUUUUAUAAUAAUGUUUUUUGUUAAAUGGUUUUAACAUUUUGCAACACUAUUGUAAAAUGAAGAAUACAAAUGUUAGUCUCUUAUAU